CCCAACCUGACUGUAGACCACGAUCUGCCGCCACGGACCGAAUCCUACACCUCGCCGAUGAGGUGGGUGAGAUCUGCUCGCCCGCUUCGCCUCGGUGAGGUGAUGCUGGUCUAGUGUACAAUCCCAGCUCUCCAGGAUCGUCCUUGAAAACAAAAUUUUUCCUGGGAAUAUGAAUAUAAAUUCAUGUUCUCACCUGGAGCGAGUGAAUAAUACCGGUAUUUGGACGAUUUGUGGGGAAAGUGGGUGACUUGUUCGAUAUUUGGGUUUAAAGUUUGCGAGAGGGGAAGAUUCGCGAAUUUGAAGACCUAGAUCUGAAAUCAAGUUUUUGGUGUGGGAUUGAAGAGAAUAUAAGAAUUUGGAAAUAGUAGCUAGUCUUCUGUUCAUCAAUUUGAUUUUGGCGUCUGUUGCAAGAUUGAAAAGCUGGGAGACCUUGAACUUCAAGCUGACGAUUGUGGGAUAAAGGGUAUUGAGAAGGCAGAUUAGAAGAUUUUUGUAAUAUACUGAGGUGACGGAUCUUUAAAUAUUCAGUGACUGGUGUGGAUUGAAAAUUAGGAGUCUCGUCUGAUAUUCUGAUUUAAAAAACUUAUAUGAGUUCUUAAUGUAUUAUUUAAGUUAACUUAAUAAUGAUUUUAGUUUAAAAGUUAAAUUUAGAAUCUCCAUUGAAAGUUCUGCAUUAGGAUUGUAAAUAAAAACCCUGUGGAAGAUCUUGGUUAAUCUUGAUUCAAGGACAUCAUAAUUUAAAGAUCCUGAUCAGAAAUUCUAAUAAAAAGGUCGUAUAUCUUAUGAUACUAUUUGGAAAGCUGUAAUGAAACAUCAAAUAUUGAGAACACCAAUAGAACAUCCUAAUUUGAAGAUUCUGGUUAAAUUCUGUGGAUCUUGAUUUAAAAACAGAGAUUCAGGAUUCGGAUACCGGAAACCCUGAUAGAAGGAUCUGUUUUUAAAACACUACUAGAAGAUCCUGAUUUGAAGAUUUGAUGAAGCUAAUUUGAAGAGUAAAAGAACAUCCUGAUUUGAGGAUCACACGAGAUGUCAGUAGGUGAAAGAAGUUUUCUCUCUAACUGAUCAAAAAAUAGAAAAUUUAGACAGACAUGUCGCAGAGACCUGAAACCUCAAACGAGGAGUCGUACCUUAAUUCAGGUCGACCUUCGAACCUCCUGAAGACGAGCUUCUCCAGCUCUCAUCUGGAAAAACUCUACAGGCAAUCAUCUUUGCAACAAAGAAGAAAUGGAUUAAAAUGUUUUUUGAUCUCAGCGAUUAUCCACAACGUGUACACCUUGGCCCUGCCGGAAUUAGAGCUGGUGAUAAGAGGGCUAACCGUGAUCUUUAUAGGACUGAAUUUAGCAUUGUUGGCGUGGGCCGAAAGAGGAAUCAAGGCGAGAGGUUAUCUCUGGUUUGUGAUGCCUCACGUGGCCUGGCAACUGUUUACCGCCCAGAUCCUCACUCAGCUGUUUCUCAAGUCCACGGACGUGAACCACAGAGACGGCCUAGGAUGGUUGCUGCUAUUGUUGUAUCUGAUAUUUGCAACUCUUCCACUCAGACUUCCGCUUUGUUUGUUUCUGGCCAUGGGAACGACGCUGGUUUACAUUGUAGCAGUCUUCGGCCUCUCCAAGUCACCGGUGUUAUCCGACAUCGACGUCCUGAUCCUGACGGUGACUUUAUCACUAGGUGCCGUUGCUCUGGGUGCUUCAACUUAUUCCCUGGCAGAAUUUCAGCAACGUCGAGCUUUUCUCGAAACCAGACAAAGUCUCGAAGUUCAGCUAAUCAUUGAGGAACAAAGCGCAGAGCAAGAAAGACUACUUUUAAGCGUGCUUCCAGAACACGUUGCCGUGAAGAUGCGUCAGGAUCUCGGCGCAUCCCUUGACACCCAAUUCAAAAAAAUCUACAUGUCAAGGCACGAAAAUGUGUCAAUACUUUAUGCUGAUAUUGUUGGAUUUACUGCCAUAUCUUCUACUUACAGUGCCAGCGAACUUGUCAAAAUCCUCAAUGAACUUUUUGCCCGUUUCGAUCAACUCGCAGAAAGGUACGAGCAGUUGCGCAUCAAGAUUCUAGGUGAUUGUUACUACUGUAUAAGCGGAGCCCCAAUUGAGCGACCCGAUCAUGCCGUCCUCUGUGUCCACAUGGGUUUAUCCAUGGUGGAUGCAAUCAAGUAUGUCCAGCAAAAAACCAAAAGUCCUGUGGAUAUGAGGGUUGGCAUUCAUACGGGGGCUAUCCUCGCUGGUGUUCUUGGGCAGAGACAAUGGCAAUUUGACGUUUACAGCAAAGACGUCGAACUUGCGAAUAAAAUGGAAAGCAGUGGAAUGACAGGGAGAGUUCAUAUUUCAAAUGCGACUCUGAGCUUCCUAAGCGACGAAUUUGAGGUAGAGCCAGCUUAUGGUGAGAAACGCGAGGAGAUACUUCAAAAAGCUGGCCUUGUCACGUACUUCAUUGUCAGGGCCCUCAAACCUUUCAAGCCUGCUCUGACCAAAAGUCUUGCUUCGCUUGUCGAUGCAGAAUAUUCUCACAAUGUCGUGUCCAGCAGUGAUGGCAGAAAUAAAGAGGAUUCGGAGGAUUUUAGGCUGCGACUUCGCAAAGAACUUGAUAGCAGAAUUGGUGAAACGGAGCUGAAAGGUCAUGCCUCGUGGCUGACGCUGCAUUUUAAGGAUCCUGAUUUAGAAAAAGGAUUUCACAGUGCAGAAGAGGCAUUUUCACCACUUUCGCUUCUCGGUGGACCCUUGGUAUUAGUCUGCGCAGCCCCAGUAUGGAAAUUCCAGUACUCCAGUCGAUUCACCUAUGGAGGUGCGGGGGUAGUCACGCUCUUUGGAAUAGUUUUGGCAGGUGCAACCUGCCUUGGUAGCGCCGUGCGAGCAAGGUGGCUACGAAGAAUUUUAGCUCUCCUUAUGAUUUUUUCACUCAGCGUCUUUGUGCUCCUCGAUAUGGCCAAUUGCGCUACCAUCGAGGAGGUCGAACAAACGCCAGAUGGAUCGACAAAGGUGCCGAUGAAAUGUCCAUAUCCCUCCUAUUAUUCUUAUAUUGGCGUUCUUGCGCUAAUUGUAAUAUCUAUGCCUGUGUACAUAAGUUACCUUGGAAAAUCCAUGUUGAUGUUCAUGCUGGCCGGCGCUCAAUGUGGAUUAAAUAUAAUCCUAGGACCUAAUUUAGACAGAGAAGAUUCAAAACCACCAGGAUCAAUGGCCGUUUCUCUCAAAUAUUCACUUUCUGCCAUCUUACUAACCAUUGCACUUGCACUGGUAGUGGUCACAAGAUACACUGAGAAGGCUAGGAGGAUACUUUUCCUGAGGGGACGUGAAGUGGUUGCCCAAAGGGAGAGAGCGGCUGACAUGAAAAGAAGAAAUGGUGCUCUUAUUUACAACAUUCUUCCACCCCAUGUGGCUGCUUACUUCUUGUCUAUGACAAGACAUCACGAUGAUUUGUACAGUCAAAGUUAUGCGGAAGUGGGUGUCCUCUUUGCCAGUAUGCCCAACUUUGCUGACUUUUAUAGUGAGGAGAGUAUCAACAAUCAAGGUCUCGAGUGCCUGAGGUUCUUGAAUGAGGUCAUUUCGGACUUCGAUGCUAUUCUCGAUCGAGAGGAGUUUCGAGAUAUUAUCAAGAUCAAGACGAUAGGUUCGACCUACAUGGCUGCGUCUGGAAUAACUGAUUCAACGAAUCAUGAGGGUGGACCCAAAUGGGGGCAUCUUUCGACACUCGUUGAUUUUGCCUUAGAAUUGAAAAAGGCCCUUUCAAGUAUCAACGAACAGAGCUUUAAUCAUUUUGUUUUAAAAAUGGGAAUCAAUCACGGCCCCAUAAUAGCAGGUGUCAUUGGAGCCAGAAAACCUCACUAUGACAUUUGGGGAAAUACUGUCAAUGUAGCUUCUAGAAUGGAAAGCACUGGAAAAGUUGGUCACAUACAGGUGACUGACGAGACUCGAAAAAUCCUGGAGCCAUUCGGAUUUGGAUUUGAGGAACGAGGAAUGGUUUUUGUGAAGGGUAAAGGUCAGCUACUCACUCAUUAUCUAAUGACAAAAGACGGAGUUCCAUUGAAGCUUGACAGUGAUUUGCCAGUAGAGCCAGCUCAUCCGAUCAUUUACCAAUAGAACAGUUCUGAAAGUCUUACUCAGUGAGAAAUUGCUGAGACUAACAAUUGGUGCAAUAUUGGACCAAUGAUGGCCGUCAAUAUAUUAAAUUAUAAGUUACAAAUUGUGAACUAAACUCAAACAAUAAUAAUUGAUACUAAUUUACAAUUAAUAAAAAAUAAUAUUCGUUUUAUUGGACCAAUAAUUGGCUGCAUUGGUAUCCAAUAUUGACCUAAUAUUGGACCAGUAGUAGAUUUCCCACUGAGUAACGAUCACGCCGACAGGAUUUUUUCUCUCCGUUUCACGACGGAAAGGUUCGAGAGUGCAAACAAAUCUUCGAGACUUCGAUCGCGGCGACUCCAGUCGGCGACUUGGUCGUCUAAAAAUAAUCAACAAAGAGGUGUACAGCUUUAACCCCCAGUGUCCCUGCUGUCGCCAUUGCAUUCUGAAAUUUUAGGGACACCAUGGAAAAUUGGAUUCAUAAAGGAAUAAAACAUUUAUAAAUGUUCACUGGCUGUCUGGUAGACCUCAUUAAAAUGUUAUCUAAAUCUAAUGGAGUGGACAAAGUGCUGUUGUACCUGAAACGAUUUCUGUAUCUUGCAAAUGAGUUUUGUACAAUUUGGGUCAGAGUUAGUUUGAUAGAAUCUAGGAUUAAUUUUAAUAUAUAUUUAAAUGCAUCAAAUCUUCUAGGAAAUUUUCUCAUGGUCUGGAUAUAAGUAGAAAUAAUUUCUUAUCAACAAUAAUGAAGAUAACGAAUGCAUUGGAUUCUGAUUAUCAUAAAUUGGAAUAUUGGAUUAUGACAGAGAUGUGUAAAUUAAAAUUUAUUUGGUUUAUAGACAAUUUUCGACGUUUCUUUAAUGUGAAUAAAUCUUCAAGUAACUAAUAUCUUUCAAGCUUCUGUGAAUCAACUCGUUCUGUGUGGAAUUGUGAAAAAUUCCUUUUUAUGGCCUUUGCCUCAUCGAAUGUACCUAUUUAAAAAAACUAUAGGUGACUAAAGAAGACAUCCAGUGGACAUUGACUAGAACAUCCUGAGGAUGUUCGGUCCAUAAAACUCACCGAGAUUCAUUAUCAUUCUUGCUACCUCUAUAUCAUCACAAAUGUACCUUCAUAAUGUGUCAUCAUCGCUACAAGCGUUACGACGAAUUCUUGCUGUAUAAUUGCUCUUUCAACAAUUACCUUUUUUGCUUUAGUCUAUAAUUGUUAUGAAAACAUUCAUUUGAAACUAAGCCUAUAUAAAUGGUAAUAGAAGGGAGAAAAUUGAUUUAAUACAAUGGAGCAUUCUAAGGACAACUCAAAACUACCUAAUUGUAGUUUCAAGUUCUAAAAUUAUUUACUUUUGAUAUCAGCAAACCUAGAAAACAUCCAAGUAAUCUGAGUCUUAUUUAAGUAACGAUUACUAAAGAAUCCGCGGUUCUGCGCAGACAUAUCGUUUGAGAUGGAACUGCAAAUCUAUAAAAUCAUACAAUUUAGAAUUUUAAACGUUUAAAUUUUAAAACUUUCAACUUGAACUUUAAAAUGUUGUAAUUUCAGCUUCUCCAAUUUUCAAGAAUAUCCUACACUUGCCAAAUGUAACUAUUCUAUGCUGGGAUCUUUAAAUAUUUAAUUAUUUGGAAUUACAGAGCUGAAAAUGUAACAAUCUGAAA